AUGCUGGUGACAGAAGAGGCGUGUGCUGCAGCGGUCCCAGGAGCCACCAUGCCCCAGGAGCGCCGGCAGACGGAUUUCCAGCUGGUGAGAGUCAAGAGCACGUGGAGCCGCAUCAAGAAGGGAGAAGCCCUUUCCAACGACGAGGACGAGGUCACUCUCUCUGAGGCAACAAUAGGUGAGUGCAUCUCCGAAGGCGGCAUUUCCUGGAUCGUUGAAGCUCCCAUCUAUUUUUGCUACAAAGUGGUAGAAACAUACAACAUUCUGGAACCCUCUAACACCACUUUGCUCUGGGGCCACAUCACUGACCCCCAGCAAACAGAGGUGGCCACGGCCAGCAAGAGGAGACUGCGGCGCUUCAUCGUCAUAGACGAAGUCGUCGACAAACUUUACGGCUCCAAAGUCAGAGAAUACUUCGAGCAGAACAACGUCCAGCACAAAAUCCUCGCCCUGCCAACCACUGAGGAAACAAAAUCCAUGGACUUGGUGUUGAACAUCUUGCACGAGGUCCAGAGCUUCAGCCUGGACCGGCGGACGGAGCCCAUCAUCGCCAUCGGCGGGGGCGUGUGCCUGGACAUCGUCGGCCUCGCCGCGUCGCUCUACAGGAGACGCACCCCCUACAUUCGGGUCCCCACCACCCUCCUCUCCUACGUGGAUGCCAGCGUGGGGGCCAAGAACGGGGUGAACUUUCUGCAGUGUAAGAACAAGCUCGGGGGCUACACGCCCCCCGUGGCAAGUUUCCUGGACAGAUCCUUCCUCCGGAGCAUCCCUCGGCGACACAUCUCCAAUGGCCUUGGGGAAAUUUUAAAGAUGGCCCUCAUGAAACACAAAGGAUUGUUUGACCUGCUCAAGAACCAUGGAAAAUACCUGCUGGACACUAAGUUCCAGUCUUGCAACAGCUUUGCUCACCAUGGGGAUGCUGCACUGCAGACUACCAGGAUUGCCAUUGAAACAAUGCUGGAAGAGCUGGCUCCCAACCUCUGGGAGGAUGACCUGGACAGACUGGUUGAUUUUGGCCACCUUAUUAGCCCAGAACUGGAAAUGAGGGUUCUGCCGUCGCUGAUGCACGGGGAAGCUGUGAACGUCGACAUGGCAUUCAUGACGUACGUGGCCCACGCGCGCGGGCUGCUGGACGCCGAGGAGAAGGAGCAGAUCCUGCGGUGCAUGCGGGGCCUGGAGCUGCCGGUCUGGCACGGCGGCUGCAGCUGGGCCCUCAUCCAGAGAGCCCUGCGGGAGCGCCUCAAGCACAGCGGGGGACAGCUGCGGAUGCCCCUGCCCACCGGCCUCGGCGUGGCAGACAUAUUCAACGACACCAGUGAAGAGACCCUGGAAAGAGCAUACAAGCUGUGGGUCAAGGACUGCAAGAUGGGGCUGGAGGAAGAGCUGCAAGCCCAAGGUGAUGGUCCUGCCUCAACCAUGAGCUGUGUGCCACUGUAA